AUGACGCAGAUUUUUGAGAUAAGAGAGAAGUGGGCGAAGUCAUAUUUCAAGGGAAUUUUCUGUGUGAAGAUGACAAGUGAUGGAUUCCUUGGCAUGACAAAGGUGUCGGAUAAGCACAUUGUGAGAAGGUGGACCAACGAUGGUCGAGACAUACUGCCAGAGCACUUGCAUCACUACCAGUGCGAUCAGCUUGGUGCCACGCCCCUGACAUCUAUGAAGGCGAUGGCUCCUUUCGACCAGGCGAGGAAUGGGCUGGGACAGGAGGAUCGUGUCAGUGGCAAGAAGCAAGGCAAUGUCGAUGAAAAAGAAACCAAGGCUAGCGAGGAUGAGUAUGUCGUGCUGCCGGGGCAUAGCAAUCCUUUGGUUGGCCUGGGAGCGCCGUCGAAGAAGAAAAGUGCAGGGAGGCCGACAAACGCAAGAGGCCAGGCACCUUACGAAGGAAUGAGUAAGAGUAGAUUCUGUUGCAUCUGCAAAAUUCAAGGCCACAAACGAACAACUUGCCCACAGAGAGGAGACGUUCCCAAAGUUCAGAGGAAAGAAGCAAAACUGCAGCAAGUGUGGUGUCACUGGCCAUCAGAAGAACACCAUGCGACAGGCCAGCGGGAAAAGUUGUUCAGGGAUGCCUGUGAUGUGGCGGGUAAUGGUUUGAAUAGAAGCUGGAGGGGUCACGCGACGGCCAAGCAGACCAGGUGCUACAGGGCUUCGGUCCAUGAGAAAUGGAUGACGGUCGAGACCGUAGUGGACUAA